AUGGUUGAAGGUAGAAAUGGAAUGGUUUCAAAUGAUUGGAACUGAACUGAUGCUGUUGAGUUCUUCCUCAUGGGAUUCUCAAACUCCUGGAAGGUUCAGAUCAUACAUGGCAUUUUAUUUUUGCUAGUUUAUCUGGCAGCUCUCAUAGGAAACCUGCUCAUCAUUGUGCUCACCAUGCUGGAUGUCCAUCUGCAAACCCCUAUGUACUUCUUUUUAAAGAGCUUGUUUUUCUUAGAUUUUUGCUAUGUCUCUGUUACUGUUCCUAAAUCGAUUGUCAAUUCCUUUACUCAUAAUACUUUCAUUUCUUUCUUUGAAUGUGUUCUGUCAGUAUUCUUUUUCAUGCACUUGGCAUCUGCUGUGAAAGUCAUUCUUGCAGUAUCCUAUGACCACUGUGUGGCCACCUGCUGGCCGUUGCACUGUGAGGUCAUCAUGAACCAAGGUGCCUGUGUCAAUAUGAUGGUCAUGUCAUGGCUCAGUGGGGCGAUCUCUGGGUUCUUACAUGUGACAGCCACCUUCUCAUUACCAUUCUGUGGGUCCUAAAGAAUUUAUGAUUUUUUUUUUCUGUGAUAUUCCAUGCUGUUAAGCCUCUUGGGCUCCAAAGUAAUAAUCAGUGAGAUUAGAGUCAUGGUUUUUGUAACUAGUCUCAUGAUAAUCUGCUCUGUUUCUAUUACUGUUUCCUAUGUAUACAUUUUCUCCACCAUCAUGAGGAUUCUAUCCAAGGUGAGUAGAUCGAAAACAUUUUCUACCUGCAUUCCACACCUUGUGGUGGUGACACUAGUAUCUGGUAGCAUUGCCUAUAUGAAGCCAAUUUCAAAUUCCUCUUCCUUUCUAGACCUCCUCAUGCCUGUGUUCUACACAGUUGUUUCCCCCCACCCCUCACUGAAUCCUGUCAUCUACAGUUUGAGGAAUAAGGACAUAAAGGCAGCCCUGAGAAGGCAGUUUGGUAAAGGAAAUUUGAUCAGGGACUCAUAUUCAUGA